AUGAUCAAUAAUUAUACACGUUUUUACAUGCUUGUGUUGUUUACUUCAAUAUGUUUUUCAUCUUCACCAAGCUGUAGCUUUCAAAACACGAUUUUAACAAAUAUCACAGUGUCAAAAACGUGCUCAGCAUUUAAUAAAAUAACCAUUGGUAGUAAUACAUCUUUGGAUGUUAUUCAGCUCAAAAUAUUAUCAAACGCAAAUGUUCAAAUGUAUGAAAUUGUAAAUUGUGUGGGUAACGGUUCAAUUGUACAAUAUAGUUAUUCGAGAAUGAACUUAAAAAAAGAAACCAAUUUUUACAAUACAGCCAAAUUAGAAAUGAAUGAAAAUUCUCAUUUAACAAUAAAUAAUAAAAUUAAUUUUUGGCAUUAUUCACAAAUAAUUUUUAAAGACAGAGCCAUUCUAAAUAUUAAAAAGGAAUUCUAUAUUUAUGACUAUGUUACUGUUGUUUUGCAUCAUGAAACAAUUAUUAAUACUGCAUAUUUGUUAUAUUUAACAGAUCAUUCCAUUUUUACAAUGAACGAUGAUUCGAUAAUACACACAUUAAAUUAUUUAUAUAUUUAUGGCGCGACUUUAUUAAUGAACUCGUAUACUAAAAUAAUCGGACUUGAAUAUUUAAAUGUUUUCAACAAAGCACAAGUAACAUUGAACGACCACUCUGAAAUUAACAACAAUUUGUUUAUAUUUAAAUUUGAAAAUUCAUUUUUAACAUUGAACAAAUUUUCAAAAAUUAACAACAUAAAUGAUUUUAAUGUUAUAAAAGGAAGCAUUUUAACAAUGAAUGGAAUAAAAGAUACCCCACAAAUUACAACAAAUACGUUACGAUUUAAAAGUGGUGUUAAACUCAAUAUUGCUGGUAAGUCUUUAAUCAGUGUCAAUACCGAAUUUGUGUUUGUCGAUUCAAUUAUUAUUGUAAAUAACAGAGAUAUCAGAGAUCUUCCUGUUGUUUUUUAUUCUAGUUCAAAAGAAUUGGAUAUUAAAAACUCAAAAAUACAAUCAGAUUCUGAUUUUGAUGUUAUAUGUUCGUGGAUGGCAAUAUCCAUAACAAAUAUUUUCCCAGGAACGAAAUUGUUAUUGGGAGGUAAAUUACUGAGAUAUGGUACCUCUAAUAAAAUCUUUUGUCAUGUUGAGGACGUGAUAAACAAAAAUGUAAAGUACAGCGAACCUUAUUGUCCAUGUGAUGACAUGGAAGAUUGGUAUAUUACUCCACUUCCAAAUAUGACAUCGUUAUAUGUCAAAAUUAACUCACCUAAAACAAGUUCAAAAACACGCUUUAUUCGUAGCGACGAGUUUUCAUCUGAAAGCGUUACAAUUGGAAACACACAAAUUUCAUUUUACAAAAGUGACAGAGUUAUUCUUGGUAUUUCAAUACCAGAAACAGUUGUUAUGAAUUCGUUUACAUUGACAAAGACUGUACUUGUAGUUUCAAAUACAAAAUUAAUUUUUGAAAACAAACAUUUUAAUGCAGCAAUAAACAUCAACCAAAAAUUCAAAAUACUUGUUAUACAUUGCACAAAAGAAAUGUACAACAAAACGUCUCAAAAAUGUGAAGACCCAACUAUUUGUGAUGACGUGAAUUGUAAAUAUUGUCCUCUCAAUAAAAACAGUUGUGUUACAUGCAAAAGUCAUUUUUUUAUUGUCAACUUAAAAUGUGAACAAAUAACAAACUGUGAAUAUUCAAUAUCAAAUAGAUGUCUCAAGUGUGCAAAUAAAUUUUUAUUAAGAGAUGGAUUGUGUGUAAGUGAUGCGACGUGUUUACUUGUUCAAUUUGAUGGAAAGUGCCAAAUAUGCAACAAAAACAAUGGGUAUAUAUACAACAAUGGUAAGUGUGUAAAAAGUGAUAUAAAUGGUGAGGUGACAACUAAUAACAACAUUGUUUCUUGUUACAAAGGUUUUGGAACCAACUCUACAAAUUGUUUGAAAUGUAAUGAUUUAUACAUAUAUUCAGAAUUGUGUGAAAACGGAAAGGUGACUAAGUGUGACAGUUCGAGUAAAAUGGACACAAAUGGAAUGUGUAAAAACAAUGACUGUGUACUGUCAAACGACCAAAAUGGUAGAUGUACAACAGCAAUUGAUAAUUGUAAAUAUCUAUCAAAUGGUAAAUGCAAUGAAUGUGAAAACGGAUACAUCUUAAAUAAUAAUAAAUGCAACAAAAACGGAGAAUCGAAUUGUAUUACUCAAAAAAAUUUUGGGUGUUUGAUUUGUAAUAAUACAUUUUAUCUCGAUGAGUUAACAAAACGGUGUGCAAGUUGUGACUCGAGUUGUUUGACUUGUGUUGAAACAUCAACAAAAUGUCUCAGCUGUCCACCUAACACGUAUUUGUCAAAUAACAAUUGUAACACUAAUAAAAACUUAGAACUUACGUGUGACCAGUUUGCAAGUUUUAAAAGUGGUUGUGUUGUGUGCAAAGAUGGGUAUUAUCGAGUUGGACUUGAUUGUUUUAAAUGUGAUCAAAAAUGUAAGACAUGCAAUAACAAAUAUAGUUGUCUCACUUGCAACUCAACAAAUUACAAAACAAAUGGCGGUGACUGUCUGCCACAAAGUGAUAUCGUUGGAUGUGCUGUGAAUGUCACACAAAGCGGGUGUUUAAAGUGUCAAGAUGGGUAUCAUAUAGCCAACACAAACGAGUGUCAAAAAUGUAAUGACAACUGCAACACGUGCACAACAACAAGAAACAAAUGCACUUCUUGUGUAAAUUCACGUGUGUUGCUUGCAAAUAAAAGUUGUGUUGGUUUUUCACAAAUAUCAAAAUGCAAAGAAAUUACACAUUCAAAGUGUUCAAAAUGUUCAUUCUGGUACACCCCAAGUGGUGAUGGCACGUUGUGUGAGUCACGGGCUGUUUGGUGGGUCAUUCUUGUUGUGGUUUUGUUUGUUCUUAUUGUGUUACUUGUUCUUAUUGUGUUAUCUGUCAUUGCAACCAAAAUCAUAUUCAACAAAUAUCACACACAUGAAAUUGUAAAGACAACAACACUCUUUGCAAUAAAUAUAUCCAACAUCAACUUUGUUCCUUUCCAAGGCGGUGUUUGCGUUUCUUCAACUGUGAUAGACUUAAAUUCGGACACUGAGCAAAUAGAAGUUAACAAAGAGACUCGGCAAGUGUUAUGUGUAGGUAACACAAACAAAAACGCCAUCAAAAUACAAUUUACAAUUUCAUCAAACAUCACAAAGUUUACAAUUCGUGUUGAUCCAGAGGUUUUUACACUUAAAAGUGGCUAUGUGUGUGAGUUUUCUAUAUAUGUCAAGCCAUUGUGUUCUUGCAAAAUCAACAACACAAUACAAUUGGUUUCUAAAAACCUUAAAACAAAUGAAGAGAAAUACAAAGAAAUCUCACUUGUUGGUGUGACACAACAAUCAACGCGAAUUGAUUACAAUGAGUUGAGCGUUGAAAAGAAACUUAUUGAAGGCUCGUUUGGUGUUGUCUACAAAGGAAAAUUCAGAGGAAAUGUUGUUGCAAUCAAAAAAAUGAAGAAUGUUUUAGAUAAUAAUAAGUCACUCGAUGAGUUUGAAAAUGAAGUGUCAAUGCUUGACAAGUUUAGGUGUGACUAUAUCGUCCAUUUUUAUGGUGCCGUGUUCAUACCAACUAAGGUGUGUAUGGUAACUGAGUUUGCACAAUUUGGAAGUUUGCAAGACUUGAUAAAACAUAAAACAAGUGAUGAAGUUGACAUGAAGGUUAGAGUAAAAUUUAUGGUUGAUUCAGCAAGAGGUAUAUUGUAUAUACACGAAAAUGAGAUACUACACAGAGACAUCAAGCCAGACAAUAUUCUUGUGUUUUCACUUGAUUUGAAUGAAAAAGUAAGUGCAAAGUUGACCGAUUUUGGAUCAUCAAGAAAUGUCAAUAUGUUGAUGACUAACAUGACAUUCACAAAUGGUAUUGGAACACCAGUCUACAUGGCACCUGAAGUGUUAAAUCAAGAUAAGUACGAUAAACCGGCUGAUGUUUAUUCGUUUGCAAUCACUAUGUUUGAAGUGUUCAGAUUGAAAAAAGCAUAUCCAAUUGAUACAUUCAAAUUUCCAUGGAAAAUAGCUGAGUUUGUAACAGCAGGUCAACGUCUUGAAAACAGAGAAAAUAUUCCAGAUGUUAUGUUUAAAAUUAUCCAAACGUGUUGGAACCAAAAUCCAAAGGAAAGAAAAACAAUUGAGAACGUCGUUAAUUCACUCAACGUGUUAACAAAAGCUGAUAUUUAUCAACACAAUAAAAUAAACGAAAACAUUUAA